CGCGCCCGGGGAGGGCGGGCCCGGUGCCGGCCUUCGCGGGGACCCCGAGCCGGCCUUCGCGGGGACCCCGAGCCGGCCUUCGCGGGGAUCCCGAGCCGCUCUGGGAGAGGAGACGCUGUCCUGGCCUGGAGAAGGGACCCGCGGCCGCUGCCGGGGCGGCUCUAGGCCUUGUGGUGCUGACGGCAGGGAGGGAAGGCCGGCGCUGGGAGCCGCGGUGCCGAGCAGCCAGGCGUUAGGGCCUUGCUCGCCGUGUGCCGGAGACCGAGCCACGCACAGAGCCGAGGUGAUCCCCGUGAUUUCCAGCCACAGCCAUGGGGUUGUUUGACAAGCUGGCAGGAUGGCUUGGGCUGAAGAAAAAGGAGGUUCACGUCUUGUGCCUUGGCUUGGACAACAGCGGCAAAACAACCAUCAUCAAUAAACUUAAACCUUCAAACGCUCAAACUCAGGACAUCGUUCCAACAAUAGGAUUCAGUAUAGAGAAGUUCAAAACUUCAAGCUUGUCUUUCACAGUGUUUGAUAUGUCAGGUCAAGGGAAAUACAGAGACCUCUGGGAACACUACUACAAAGAAGGCCAAGCCAUUAUUUUUGUCAUUGAUAGCAGUGACAAAUUAAGAAUGGUUGUGGCCAAAGAAGAACUUGACACUCUUCUGAAUCAUCCAGAUAUUAAGCACCGUCGACUGCCUAUUCUCUUCUUUGCUAACAAGAUGGACCUCAGGGAUGCAGUGUCAUCUGUGAAAGUGUCUCAGCUGCUGUCCCUAGAAAACAUCAAAGACAAGCCCUGGCACAUCUGUGCCAGUGAUGCUCUUAAAGGAGAAGGAUUACAAGAAGGUGUGGAUUGGCUCCAAGGUCAGAUGCAAGCAAUGAAGACAUGAGAGAUAAAUAAAGGAUCUAUGGGGUUCUUUUAUACCUUUUGUCAGUAGGUGAACAAGUUCCUUGGAAAGGAAGACUGAUUUGAAGAAGAUGAACAAUUCAGCUAAAAUAUCGUGUAUUGACUUCUUUCAGUUUAGUGUCUUUUCCAGGAAAACUGAAUGUAGACAACCUAGCACCUCAGGUAUGCACAUGGAUGAAUUAAAUUGAAUCUUGUGAUUGGAGAGCGUAUAAAAAUAAUAUUUGUGUUAACAGUAAACAUCUGCAUUCAUUUGAGGUUUAGGUGAUAAUUAGCCAUCAGUAAAUGCCCCUCUAUUUUGGGAGGGGAACACCUUUUGAGCAAAUGGGAAUAUUUGUUUUCCAGAGAAAGAAUAAUCAGCACUUUCUGAAAUCCAGCUACAUAAGAUACCUACUGAUUUUAGAUGCCCAGUUUUAGGCAUUACUGCCAUUUUUUUAUAUUAAAGUUUGACAUUGGGUUUUUAUUAUCCAUAAAGUCUAAUAGACUUCUAUAAGAAUAUUUUGAUUAAAGAUACAAGGAUUCAAGUGUUCAUUGUAUUUGUUAUAGAUGAUUGCAGAUGUUUUUAACGAAUUGCUUUUAAUGAAAUGUUCAAAUUGUUUUUGUGAUUUUGCCAUGGUUAUAUUUACAUCCCCAUCAAUAAAACUUCAAAUAUAUGACAUGCUCUGAUUGGGUUUUUUAACUGUAAUAUGCUCAUUAAUGGUCUUUACCUAGAGAUUUUUGGUUUUCUAUUUAUUUCAUUUGGAAUUUGUUUAUCCAUAUUCAAGUGGAUAUAGCACUGUAUAUGUAAUAAAUGGUAUGUCUGUUGCCAA